AUGCAUCUCAGCAGGUUCGGACUGCUCGCCCUGGGCGCAGCGACAGUCGAUGCCUUCCGAGACACAUCGCCCUUUUUUCUAGCCUCAACCUCCGAAAUCCUAGCAAACUCGGCGUAUAUCAAGUCCGGUGCAUCGCUCCUUGAUACCCUUUCAACCUCGCUCAGCUCUUGUCCCUCCGACUACUAUGUCGUUGUCAACCAGCCUGGCGUGCACAGCUCGGAUUUCUCAACUCGCAAGUCGGCGCCCCGCCUCGGCGCGAAGAUGUUGGGCAAGGAUAAGGCAAUUCGGUCAAAGAUGACGGUUAACGAGGUGGCUGGUUUGUUGGAAGCUAAGGAUGUGAGCGCGCUCUUGGAGAAGAAAUGCAAGGCGAAGACGACCGCCAUCGAUGGGUCUUCUGGAUCGUACCCUUCGUCAUUUGAACAGGGUCCUCGCAUUCUUUCCGUCGACUUCCCGAUGCUCUCGCUGGGCUCAGACCGCGCCCGGCAGCUCUCCGACAACGAUGGCCUUCUCGCCGAUAUUGUUGACCGCAUUCCCGCAUCCUCCAAGUAUACCAUCCUCUACGUCACCUCCCCCCGGGAGUUCCCCGAAUCCGACUCCGUCGUCUAUGACUCUAGCGAGGGUUCCUAUCAGGACGCCCUCCACCAGGAUCUGAAGCGCGACUACUCGUCCUGGCCCUCCGACGCCGAUUCCUCUGACGAUUCCGGCUCCCAGAGCCUCUUCGAAGAAUACCAGUACUUCACGCCCGGUAUUUUUAUGGGCUUCAUGGCGUCCUUUUUGUGUCUUAUGAUUCUCUACAUCGGCAUCAGUGCCCUCAGCGGCCUGCAGAUUCCGUAUGCUGCGUUUGAGAAGGACACAUCUAGUUCGGUGCAGAAGAAGCAGCAGUGA